AUGAAGGGGUUCUGUCUUCUGGUGUUCCUCUUCGCCUUCGUAGCGGGCUCUCAAGCAGGCGAGCUUGGAAACGAGUGCUUCAAAUCUCGAGCUGACUUUUCCAUAAGACCGGCGGGGCUCUUCAGAGACAAGGAGGAAGCGGUCUGCACCGUAACUCCGGAAGCCCCCGGAGGAUACACCUGCCAGUGCGGCCGCCACCAGAAAGCGACGUUCGGGCCCAGUCCGUCCCCGUGCGUGGAGUACCCGUCCGCCAGCGCGUGCGCGCUCGUCCAUGACUGCCCGCAGGGGUCGAGCUGCGUUUCCGUGUGA